GAUGCCGCGACUUAAAAUAGUGAUGACGAGGCGCGGUAGAUGAAUAUAUAGGUAGCUUCAAGUCCUCUUUUGAGUGAAGUCACCUUUCGUAUACAUAAUGAACUCACAUGUUCAUGUCUCUAUUUAGGAGGUUCCACAGAAGCCAGCAAGAGAGAGAGCAAAUUCAAGAGAGAGGAGAGAGAGGAGAGAGAGAGAGAGGGGGAGAAUCCAAAGGAAAGGCCAUGGGGAGGCCUCCUUGUUGUGACAAAGUUGGAAUCAAGAAAGGUCCAUGGACACCUGAAGAAGACAUCGUCUUGGUCUCCUACAUCCAAGAACAUGGCCCUGGAAAUUGGAGAUCAGUCCCCACGAAUACUGGGUUGUUAAGGUGCAGCAAAAGUUGCAGGCUUCGAUGGACGAAUUACCUCAGACCGGGAAUCAAGCGCGGAAACUUCACCCCUCACGAAGAAGGGAUGAUCAUUCACCUGCAAGCUUUAUUGGGUAACAAAUGGGCAGCCAUAGCUUCAUACCUCCCACAGAGAACAGACAACGACAUAAAGAACUACUGGAACACCCACCUGAAGAAGAAGAUCAAAAAGUUCCAAUCCGCCUUGGAUCCGAAAAUGGCAACGUCAUCAGAUUCAUCAACCUAUCAGUUUGUAUCAAAGAGCUUCAGCGACCGAAAAAACGCUUCUUUUGAUAUCAAUACUAGCAGUACUGCUACUGAUCAUCAUGCCUCAAACACUAGUCUCAACUUGAAUCACUCUUGUUCAACGUCAGCCAGCUAUGCCUCCAGCACCGAAAACAUAUCGCGACUUCUCGAAGGCUGGAUGAGAUCUUCUCCGAAAACUGAGAAGUUUCACCAAAGCAACAACACCCUUCAGAUAUUCGGUACCGUUGGCAUGUCCAAAGGAAAUACAGCACCCAAGUCAGAACAAGAAGGUGGCCAGUUCGGAUCCAACGAGGAGUUAGAAUCGAUUCUUUUGUUCGAUAACAUGAGCAAUAUUGCUUGGGAUAAGUCCUCAUGUGAUUCUGAUCAUCACCAUCAUCAUCAUCAGAAGAAGGAAAAUCUUGUCCAUGAGAGGAAGGAAAGGUCAGAAAAUGAGCCUCCUUUAUCAUUUAUUGAGAAUUGGCUGUUGGGAGAAAAUGGUGGCCAGGUAGAGGAAAUGAUGGAAUUGCCUCAGAUAUUCUGAUGAUGAUCAAGUGCAAAGUCUCUCUCUCCUUUUUUUUUUUUUUGCUUCCUAAUUUUUAGCUGCAGAUUAAAUUAUGAGAAAGAACAAUAAAAGAGCCAAAAAAAAGUAAAAAAAAAUUGUGUGUUAACUUUGUUGAUUGUACUCUUAGGGUUAAUCUUUUUUGUCUUUUGUUAAUUUCGGGAUCCUGAAAAGUUGGGAUCUCUUUUGCAAGAUGUAACUUGAGUGAUGUAUGAAUUACUGAAUGAAUUAUUUGAACUAA